AUGCUCAAAUCCGCCACUCUCCUUCUCGCCGCGCUCACCGUCGCCAAUGCGGCGCCCGCUCCCCAAGGCGUCACUGAAGUGAUUACUCCUCUCACCCAGGCCCCUGCUGGAUGCUCUCUCUCGAGCCCUAGGACUUUUGGUCUCUCCAUCAGCUCUGUGCCUGGCAUCGUUGCCAGCCGCAAGGCAAAGCGCCAGGUCACGCAGAUCGCCGACGGCCAGAUCCAGGCGCCCGCCAACCCCGCACCCGCUAGUCCCUCCUCCACUGAGUCCGAGGCUCCCUCCUCGACAUCCGCUGAGUCCGAGGCUCCCUCCUCGACAUCCGCUGAGUCCGAGGCUCCCUCCUCGACUGAGUCCGAGGCUCCCUCCUCGACAUCCGCCGAGUCCGAGGCUCCCUCCUCGACUGAGUCUGAGGCUCCCUCCUCUACAUCCGCUGAGUCCGAGGCUCCCUCCUCGACAUCCGCCGAGUCCGAGGCUCCUUCUUCCACCUCCGACUCUGACUCUGACUCCGACUCUGACUCGGAUUCCGAGGCUCCUUCCUCCUCGUCCGGCGCCGAGGGACCCGCUGAGACCGGCGCUACUCCCGGUGGUGUGACGCAGAUUGGUGAUGGCCAGAUCCAGGCUCCUGCCAACCCUGCUCCCGCUGGCCCCUCCGCUUCGUCGGGUGCUGAGGCUCCUGCCUCUUCCUCUGGUGCUGAGGCUCCUGCCUCUUCUUCCGGCGCCAACGUAGGCGGCGUCACCCAGAUCGCCGACGGACAGAUCCAGGCUCCAGCCGACGUCUCUCAGAUUGCUGAUGGCCAGGCCGCUGCCAACGCUAGCCCCGCGGGCGCUGCCGGCGUUGUCGGUGCGGGAGGUGUCACCCAGAUCGCCGAUGGACAGAUCCAAGCUCCCGCCAGAAUUGCCGGAGCUGUCGGAGCUGCCGGUGUCACCCAGAUCCAAUCUCCCGCCGGAGCUGGCGGUAUCACCCAAAUCGCAGACGGCCAGAUCCAGGCUCCCGCCGGAGUUGCCGGUGUUACCGGUGUCUCCCAGAUCCAAUCUCCCGCCGGUGUCUCCCAGAUCCAAGCUCCCGCCGGAGCUGGCGGUGUCACUCAGAUCGCAGACGGCCAGAUCCAGGCUCCCGCCGGAGUUGUUGGACCUGUCGGAACCCGUGGUGUCGGUCAAGCCGCUGGCGGUAUCACCCAGAUUGCCGAUGGCCAGAUCCAAGCCCCCGGCCAGGUCGCUUCCUACUCUAGUCCCGUGGGCGCUGCGGGCAUUGUCGGUGCGGGCGGUGUCACCCAGAUCGCCGACGGACAGAUCCAAGCUCCCGUCGGAGUUGCCAGCGUCUCCCAGAUCGCGCCCUGCGCCGCUCCCGUGAGUGCUGCGCGGGCUGGGCGUGUAGGCGGCGUCACCCAGAUCGCAGACGGCCAGAUCCAGCUUCCCGCGGGCGCUGCGCGGGCUGGGCGUGUAGGUGGCGUCACCCAGAUCGCCGACGGACAAAUCCAGGCUCCUGCCGGACCUGUCGGCGUCACCCAGAUUGCGGAUGGCCAGAUCCAGGCUCCCGCCAACAUCGCGGCCAACAUCGCGCCCUGCCGCUCUACCGUCUCUAGGGUCAUCGAGCCGGUUGUGCCCACCCUCAAGGCUUCCACCUACCGCUUCAGCUCCUACAUCAAGCCGAUCUCGAACUACUUCUGCCCCACCACUCCCUCCGAGCGGAUCAUCCGGCCAGCGGACUGCUCCACCAACGGGCUUGCCGGCAACCUCGGAGUCUCAGCCGCGUAUAACGCCGCACCCGCCGCCGCCAUCAACGCCGCACCCUUCACGGCCAACGGCGUCACACAGAUCGCCGACGGACAGAUCCAGACCCCGCGGCUGAGCAAGCGCCAGAACGGAGACCCGCUGCAAGUCACCCUCAACAACGGCGUUCUGACCGACAGCCUCGGCCGCACCGGCUACAUCGCCGACAACCGGCAGUUCCAGUUCGAUGCGCCCGCACAGGCUGGCGCCGUCUACACCGGUGGGUUCUCCGUCUGCGAUGAUGGCACCCUGGCCCUCGGCGGAAACAAGCAGUUCUGGGCGUGUGGGAGCAGUGAUUUCAACAACCUCUACGACGAGGAGAUCUUCCCGGGCGGAAACUGCCAGCCAGUUUACAUCAACGUCGUCUAG